AUGUGGAGAUUACCUGCGCUACAGUGCAAAUCCUGCCCUACCUGCAAGCUGUCAUCAGUGAGGGACUUUGUAUCUAUCCUCCUGGCUCACAGGGGUUUCCUCAGAUUUCUCCUGGGGCCGCUAUUGAUGGGAUCUGGGUCCCUGCUGGGGGCUGAACUCUACACAAGUGCGUGGACUGUGACCCACGAUGAGGCCAACUUCCAUGACCCCCACACUUUCAAAUUGGAGCGGUGGAUCGGCCCAGCCUGUGUUGAUAUCAAGGAAGCCAGUCAGUCGUUUUCUCUGGGCACUCGAGCUUGUUUAGGCCGCAAGUUGAUGGCCGCCACCUUCUCGCAGGGAGCAUCGAUUACUUCUUUUUUCAUCCCCAAAGAUAAGUCACUAAUCGACGAACCGAGCAGCGUGACUUAUAUGGAGAUCAAUCUCAUUCUCGCCCGCCCAAUUUGGAUGUACGAUAUGAAAAUGGUCAACAAGUCAAUGGAUUGGGAGUCGGAGAGUUGCUUGCUGUAG